ACACGGCUUCUGUCUGGUGACACCCGGAAAUUCUUAGUUAAUUCUCGUGAUUGUAAAUCGUUCCUCAUGUUAAAGAUAAAGGAGAUAAGAAAAUGUAUCGGACGGAAUACGUUAUACCCUGGGUUCAGAUGCGAGCGAGGGAGGAGUACAUUCUAAAAGCAUCUAGGCAAUAUCCCGUGUUGGAGCCGUUCGCUCUUCGAAAUUCGAUCACGUAUUUUAACAACAAAAAAGAAGACAGCGCAAAAUCGGCAUAUGAGCGUCUUCAUAGCGUAGAUUUCGAUCUUUCCAAGCCACGAUGUGAUCGUACCAAGCCUAGCCUUUAUUGGUUGGAAAUCUCAAAGGAAAACCAAGACCACAAGGUCCCGAUGACUACUAAUCUGUGGUACGGUCGACCGAACAGAGUUCAAGUCGAUUUUCCUGCGACUAAAUUUAAUCGAUCGAGCAAAAUGCAAGAGUUCUACAUUCGCUGUGGUUUUAGUCUAGUUAGCGGCGAGGAAAGCGGAUCGUUCUGCUAGAGUGAAUCUGUUAGGCAAGCUUUUUUUGAUUCUCUUUUUUCUAACGUUAGUUCGACCGAUUUCAUUAAUAUUACAUGUAAUAUAAAAUACGAUUGAAAAGUGUUACUAUCAUUACAUCACAUUUGUGUGGAAUUCGUUAAAACCAUGUUUCGUGUGCAUGUAAAAUA